AGAAGCUUUUCAUUUCUCAAUCUAAACGACGGUGUAAACGGCUGAGAUCUAAAGCCCUAAUCAUAACCUAAAGAAAGAAAGCAAUAACCAUGUGGAGGAGACUCUUCUCUUCUUCUCACCUCAAAUCCCUAUCUUCAACGCUCUCUCAUUCUCAUCCCCGAUCCGCCCUCCGAUUCGCCCCCGCCGCCACCCCUUUCCUCGGCCGCCACGUCACCACUCAAUCAGGUGCUUCGAUCAAAAAGAGGGUUGAGGAUGUUGUGCCAAUUGCUACAGGGCACGAGCGUGAGGAGAUUCAGGCUGAGCUUGAGGGAAAGGAUAUUCUUGAAAUAGACCAUCCCGAAGGUCCUUUCGGCACUAAGGAAGCACCAGCUGUUGUUAGGUCUUACUUUGACAGAAGGAUAGUUGGAUGCCCGGGAGAUGAAGGCGAGGAUGAGCAUGAUGUUGUCUGGUUUUGGCUGGAGAAAGGCAAGCCUUAUGAAUGUCCAGUGUGCUCACAGUAUUUUGUGCUUGAAGUGGUGGGACCGGGCGGUGAUCCUUAUGGACAUGGCGAUCACGAUCACCAUUGAUUGCAUCCCGCAGCUUUCCUUUAGGAAUAAAAUUUGCGAAAGAUGUAGAGACAUUGUUUUACACUGGCGCCUUCCAAAAUCCUGAGGCCUUGUUUUGUUUGUUUUUUAUUGGGCUAUAUACCUUGAAAGUUUUGCCUUGCAACUUUAGAGAUAGAAAGUUUCUGUGAUUAUUUAGACACAUGCUGGUCAUUUGCUCAGCUAUCAAAUCCUGUUAGGUUGUCAUUUUUCACUGCCAAAUAAUUGAUAGCAACACUAAGAUUCUUUAACAUUGCUUGAAGGUGUAGAA